GCAAAAAAGGCAGCCAGAACUGGGCAUUACAGAUGAGGACAUACUCUGUGUAAAGAUAGCCGGGCUAUGCCAUGACCUAGGUCAUGGGCCAUUCUCCCACAUGUUCGAUGCACUGUUUAUACCAACCGCCAGACCAGAGAGUCACUGGAAGCAUGAAGAUGCAUCAGUAAGAAUGUUUGAUCACAUGUUGGAAGUGAAUAACUUGUUACCAACUUUUGCAAAGUAUAAUUUGGUUGACAAAGAUGUGACCUUCGUUAAGGAGCUAAUUUCUGGAGCUGUAUUAAAAGAAAAUAGUGCUAAGGUGUGGCCUUAUAAAGGAAGAGGACCUGACAAAAGCUACUUGUACGAGAUUGUGGCAAACAAAAGAACAGGAAUAGAUGUGGACAAGUUUGACUACUUUUCCCGUGACUGUCACUGUCUAGGAAUCAGUAACAGUUUUGAUCACAAGCGUUACAUGAAGUUUGCAAGGGUAAUUAACGUCAAAGGAAAGCUACAAAUCUGUGUACGAGAUAAAGAAGCUGGCAACAUCUAUGAUAUGUUUCACACACGAAACAGUUUGUUUAGAAGAGCUUAUCAGCAUAAAACAUCAAAUAUAAUUGAAAGAAUGAUCACUGAAGCUUUACUUAAGGCUGAUAGGACAAUUCGCAUUAGAGGAUCACAUGGGAAAAUGCUGUGCAUUUCUGAAACAAUUGAUGACAUGGAAGCAUACUCACAGUUGUCAGAUGCGAUAUAUUAUCAAAUCCUUCACUCAACCGACCCUGCCCUGGAAGAGGCACGUAACAUUUUAUUGCGGAUAGAAAAGCGAGACCUGUACAAAUGCAUUGGAUCAACAAUACUAAAGAAACCACGUGAAAAGGAGGAGAUUCCCGACAUACAACUGGAAAUAGCUGGCAGCAUUGAUGAGGGACCUUUCGUCGAGCCUGAAGAUUUUGUUAUUGACGUAAGUAGUGUCCUGAAAAUGCUGUCCAUUUCUGAAACAAUUGAUGACAUGGAAGCAUACUCACAGUUGUCAGAUGCGAUAUAUUAUCAAAUCCUGCACUCGACCGACCCUGCCCUGGAAGAGGCACGUAACAUUUUAUUGCGGAUAGAAAAGCGAGACCUGUACAAAUGCAUUGGAUCAACAAUACUAAAGAAACCACGUGAAAAGGAGGAGAUUCCCGACAUACAACUGGAAAUAGCUGGCAGCAUUGAUGAGGGACCUUUCGUCGAGCCUGAAGAUUUUGUUAUUGACAUUAUCACGUUUGACUAUGGAAUGCGUGAUAGAAAUCCAAUUGAUGCGGUGCGGUUUUACCAAAAGAACAAUCCAAACAAACCUAUAAUUCUCCGAAAGGAUGAGGUGAGCAACAUGCUACCAGAGAAUUUUGUAGAGCAGCACCUUCGCGUUUACUUUCGCAAGAAUGACCCUGAAAGUCUGAAGAAAGCUAAAGGGUGCUUUAUUCUGUGGUGCCAGGGUCAGCAGUGUACAACGCCAAAGGGAGGGGAUUCUCUGGCGGAAUUUACCCCAAUGAAGUCAUCACAGGAAAGUGGUCAAGGGAACCCAGAAAGAUGUCUCACCUAUGACGAUUGAGCGCAGCCUGAAAUCUAGGACUUUUAAUAUGAUAAACAACAGCCAAGACAAUUUUAAUGCAUGAGUUGGGUUGGGAACGUACGUGUCACCAGAUCUUUUUAAAAAGAUGAUUAUUUUUAAAAUGUUGAAGAAUCGACUUCAAAUUCUCAUGUUUAACGAUGUUGUAAAUUCAAAUCCAAUUCACCACUUAAGAAACGAGAAGAGAUCUGGGGCGAGUCUCAUCUCGCAGUGGCUUGUGGGAUCGUAACCGUUGCUAAUAUGGCUUCUCGUCUUUUGUGCUGUCCCAAUAACGGUCCCACAAGCCACAACCAGAUUUCUUUGUUUCUAAAGUGGCAAAUGUACCCAAUAUAAAAGACCUUCUUAAGGUAUUUUAAUCAGUGGUUUUAAAUUUACAACCUAGUUUCUAGUAACAAGGCAUUUAGUGAAUCAAGUAAACUUCACUUCACUGUGUUACAUUGAGUCACGUGACUCUAAGUUUCAAGCCCGCAAUGUUUGCAGGGAAGUGGUUUAGGAAUGGUGGGAGUAUUUUUAAUGUCCAACAGCAAUUGAAUAUUAAAUUUCACUUAAUAUAUUUUAACACAAACCAAACGUUUGUUAGUGAUAAGACACGGACAUAAAUUGUUUUAGUUUUGUAAAAUCACUGGUAUAUUUUUUACUCAAAUUGAGUACAAUAAAUAUACUUUCAU